CUUUAAAAAAUCUUCUCGGUCUUUUCAUAUUCUAAAUGUCUAAAAAGCGAAAUACUUAUCAUGUAAAUGAGGUUGGAGGUGGAGGCGUUAUUUCACGUUGUAAUCGUCCUGAAUAACUUAUAGCGAGCGAGGCGGUUUCGGKUCGACUUUGCAGUUGCGUCACUGUGGUGCGAGAAGGAACUUUGGAGAUAGCGAGAGGACAGACGUUAGUAGCAGGAGCCAAAUGAUACCGUGGAAAAGAGAGGUAGCCGUUUAGUGCUCCGGGAACUUUUUUUUCAUGCUGCACAAACCACGAGGAGAGCAGGGCAUGGCCGGUAAGCCGUUCCGGGCCACCUUCAUCUGGAGCAGCAUCAUCGCCAACCUCCAGCAGCGCGUCCAGGUCAAGCGCCACCGUCAUAAGCUCAAGACCUACCAUGACUGUUUCCUGGGGUCAGAGGCUGUGGACGUGGUGCUGGCCCAUGUCAUCCAGUCKCGGUUCUGCGGCGAUGCUGAGGUGCCUCGCUCCAAGGCCGUACGCCUCUGCCAGACCCUGAUGGACUCGCGGGUGUUCGAGGCGGUGGGCACCAARGUAUUUGGGAAUAAGGAGAAGGGGCYUGCCACCUUCGAGGACAGUAGCUGUAGUCUGUACCGGUUGCUUCCGUCUAGUCCCACUACCAUGACCAGCUCGCACUCGACGAGCACCAUCACCAURGAGAGRGGAUACGACUCGCCGAGCAAACACCGGAACAGCUACAGCCCACCUCUCAAACGGUACGGGCAGCUGAUCUCAUCUCAUCUCCUCCCUCCCUCUCUCAGGGCUGAUGAGUGGUUGUCGGCGGCGGUGGACUGUCUGGAGUUCCUGCCAGAUGACUUGGUGGUUGAGGUGAGCAGGGGUCUGCCCCGCUGCGGUGAGGACCAGGGCCAGUGUAAGAGACUGGUGUAUGGGAUCCUGGUCCAGCACUACGGAGAGACACAGCACCCUCCACUACUCAGCAACCACGUCUUCGACAUCCACUCCAGCAUCUCUGAACUACUGGUGAAUGGGAAGAGGGAGCAGGCUCUGGAGGCCCUACAGCUGUGUKUGAAACUACAGGACUCUCGCAGUAAAGAGGAACUACGCAGACUUCUGCGAUUCAUGGCUGUCGCUGCCAAACCACAGGAGGUCAAACUGCACAAAGAGGUAGAGAACAGGAUGGCGGUGAAGAGAUCUUUCUCUAGUGCCAUCGUCUACAGCAUGAGACUGGCCAAGGGGAAGGUUGACCUACUGGUGCUGUUUAUGGUGGAAAACCACUGUGACGUCUUCAAGAUUCCAGUGUCGUUGCACAAACUUGUGAGCGAUAGACUGACCAACAUUGUGAAGGGGAAAGACCCACAAGUCGUAACAGUCUCUACAUACUGCAGGCGAGUCAAUGGAAAAGCGUACGUGGAGAGCAAACAGAAGACUACCAAAGAGGAACUAUGGGCUCUACUGAAGACAAUCCACGAGAACCCCAAACUGUCCAACAAAGAGAAGAGACGCUUGCUAGGACAGUUCUACAAGGGGCAUCCUGAGAUCUUUGUCCAGUACUUUGGAAGCAGAUUGUCAAGUGAUGAUCUGUAGCUAACUAGGGUGAUAUUUAAGUGAAUAACUAAUGUAUUAUUUGUAAAAAUAAAAGACAGACAGACAAAGGUGAUGUAAAUGUUGUAGAAAUGCAGUGUACAAAUAGAUUUUAUUUACUUCACUCAUGUGAAGAGUUGAAUGUGAAAGCUUGAAUAAAAUGUGAGAAUUGUUUUAUAAGUU